AUGGACAAAGUUCAGUGCAGGGCGUCGCGCGCGCUCGGCAGACUCUGCAACAGCGGACGGGCCGCCUCGUCGCCGGCCUCAUGGCCCGGCACCUUUGACCCGAGCGCCGACCGGGCCCGGGAUGGAGAGUCCCCGACAUUCGCCAAGUAUUCGUCCUACGAGCCGUUGGCCAACUGCGGAAUCGUCGAGUCUUGGCUGGUCACGGCCGAGGAGCGGAAACGGGCGGCAAAGACGGCGCGCAAGAACAGAAAGUUUUCGCUUGUCAAGGACCCCGACCAACUGUGGUGA